AAACACACCACUACCAGUGGACUAGCCCCCGGUAGUGAUUACACUAAUGUGUGGCCCAAGGGCUACUGAACAGGACUUUAUCUUUUAACCUUUUUUAUACCAUCACAGAUGGAAGCGGGUAACGUUAAGGACUCAGGUUCCCCACUGUUGCUAAACUCAGAGGAGGGAUGCGAAAUCACCGAGCUGACAACGACUUUCGGUUCGACAGAAAACUGGCACAGUGUUCGAUCGUCUCGCAUCCCAGACCCCAGGAACGGGACGUUCCUGACGGAAACCGAGGAGGCCAAGAAGAGAAAGCUGCAGGCGGUUUCUGUGAGACGCAGGAAACUGGAGAUACAGAUGUCUCGCCUGCAGGACAAGGUGACGCGGGAACACAGGAAGACGAGCCGCAUCCUGCAGCGGAUCGACCAUCAGAAGGAGGAGAAGGCGAAACUUGCCGUGGUGCAGGCCGAGAUACGGCAGCUCCGAGGGACCAUGUCAGACGUGUGCGAGGUGCGUCGACAGGCCAGGCAGAACCUCCAGGAUGCCAAAGACAAGGCGGAGCGGGCUGUGAAAACGGAAGAGACCUCCCUCCAACAGCAGGCAGACUCGCUCUCCAAACUACAGGACGUCAGGAAGGAGAUACAGAAGCUGCGGUUCCACGUCGAUCUGGAGAAGGAGAGAAGACGCGUCGGCGCCAUGACGCUUCACAACGAGACGUGGAAAAAGGACAAGGACUUGUUCCGUCACGCACAGACCCAGACGGAAGAACAGGCGACGACACCCAGAGCUAAGAACUACCACACAACGUUUGCGACGUACAACGUUCCAGUUACAGCGUUAAAGAGACCGAGUAGUUGGCCUGCGGAGUACGGUUGUCGCUCCCUGCCCAUCACUAGUGGCAGACACACGUCGGUGGAACUGUGGCGUAUUGGUGAGCCAGCGGAGAACGAAAGUGGAUCGUCCCGUAGUGCAACUCCUAGCAGAGACUUACCCCAGAAGUUUAGGCUGUGGUCUGGACCGCGGCGUAAUACGAAAGGCAACAAAUACUUGAUAAAGUGAUUUUAAAGGGCUGGGUGGAUCCAGUAGUGC